AGCAGGACGAGUGCAAGACAUGACUUGGAGGACUAGCACUAUUCAACAGCAUCAUCUUGCUGCGCCUCAUCCUCCGCAGCAGCUGUACUCACAUCAAGGCCAGCCCGUACAUCAACAACCCCCUUGUCUUCAAGAGCAACAGUACAAGCAGUAUUUAGAAGCAGUUCGACGGAUGCAAAGUUGUAGGA